UUUUACUUCACUACAUUUGAGAGGCUGAGGGUUUAUUUUUUUUAAUCAAGUUCAUAAUUUGAGCAAACAAAAAUAUACAUAGAAAAACAGCUAUCAGUUAAAGGUUGUAUAGAGGAUUUUCCAAGGAACGAGAAAUCCAGCGACUGUUUGUCCUUUUUCAAAUGUUGCGCAUGCGUGAAACCACCCCCCCUCCCCUACAGCUCCCUACGUAGAAACGCCUUCUCCCGCCUCCUCUUUACGCCAGAAACAGGUUUGUUUACAGCCGGUGAGCUGCACAUGACUUGUAAACAACUAACUACAGUGUUGGUUAGGCAAGGCGGAGAAGUGAGGAGCGGGGUGAGCGGGUGUGCGGACAUUUCGUUCGCGGACGAGAAGUGAGGAGCAGGGAGAAGAGGGGAGCAGGGAGAGGAGAGAGGAGAGGGGAGCGGUGCGCGGAGAUUCCGUGCCCGGAGAAGUGAGGAGCAGGGGGAAGAGCGGAACGGGCAGCGGGAACAGGAGCAGGAAAGGGGAGCAGAGAAGAGUGCGCGGAGAUUCAGUGCGAAUGAACUAGCUACAACACGCAGCAGCAAGCGGACUCUUUCUUUGCCUUGAAAAUUACGUUUUCAGACAUAGGAUAUCGCUUUCGUGUCCUGAAAAACGUUUGACUAGCUCUUGGAAAUAAAGUACGUUUUCAUAAUAAGCAGAAGUUACCUGUCCAGGAGUAAUUUGGCGACCAGUGCGUCAGUCUUUAGACCCUGCGUCUGCUUCAGUUGCGCCAUCGCUGGAAUGAAUCUUCAAGAAUCACCUUAGUUUGGCUUCGCUGCUUUUCCCCUUGUCUUCUUCUUUCAGCGACCUCAAAAACGGACUUUCUUUUGCGGCUAACUGCUCCUGGAUUCUUGUCUGCCAUUGCAACAAACUUUGUGCUAACUGCGAGGAAGAUAUAGGUCAAAAAAAGCCGCUAAGAACUGUUGCGUUGGUGGAGUAAACAGCGUCUGUGCGUCUUGCGUCUGUGGACUGCGUGACAGGCGUACGUAAACCACGUACCGGCUGGCGCGCAGGCAAGUCAGUUACGCUAGAAACGUAGGGAGAUUGAUUGACAGCCUGUCAGCUAACAGAUAACGAGGCAAUGUCGUUAUCUAUUGGCAAAUGUUUAGCUGGCCCCACCACGUCCAGAGUUGAUGAAUUUUUAUUCUCUUUUUUUUGGUCAUCAUAAUUACAAGGCUACUGCACCUCUAUAAUGCUAUCAUUGACAACUUGAAACAAAAAAAACAAAACAAAAAAUCCUCCAUACAACCUUUAAUUUGUCUGCACAGAAUGGGAAUGGGACCAGAAGGAAAGCAGGUUAAAGAACAGCUAGCAAAUAAAAGGUACCUGCAGUGUCCAGCAGCAAUGACAGUGAUGCAUCUUAGAAAGUUUCUCCGCAGUAAAAUGGACAUCCCAAACUCCUAUCAGGUGGAUGUUAUGUAUGAAGAUGAACCUCUGAAAGAUUACUACACAUUAAUGGACAUAGCCUAUAUAUACACAUGGAGAAGGAAUGGUCCGCUUCCCCUCAAGUAUCGGGUCAGACCCAGCUGUAAGAAGAUGAAGGUGAGUCACUCGGAGCAGGACGGGCAGAACAGCACCGGCAGAUCGGGGCCAGACAGUGACUCUGCCAGCGACAAAGCGCGUAGUCCCACCGGGGCUCCGUCCACGUCCUCUUCUCUGCCGAGUCCCGCUACAGCGACGCAGUCUCCGCGUCCCCUGCAGACCACGCACGGCAAUAACAACGUGAACGGGACGUCAAUAACUGCACCACCCGCCCCCAGCCGCUCUUUUACACAGUUUCCCAGCGGGAACAGCGGCGCCAACAAACCGAGGAAGGUUGCACUGAACGGAUCGUCUUCUGGAUGGCUCCCCGAAGAGUCGUCGCCUGAUCCAGUUUAUAAUUUUAUGCCAACCUAUAUAGCGGUGUAGACAACGAUGUUCUUUUUUCCCCCCUCAAUUUGUUGUUAAUAUAUUAUCACAUCUUAAGUUUAUACUGGAGGGAUCGGAUACAUUUCAAAAUAAACUAUUUAAGGACGUUUUUUACUGUUGGAAAUUCAAAAUCAAAGACUGUAAAAACUGAAAAAAAACAUGGGAAAAAAGGAUGAGCAAAGCUGUUAUUUUACAGUGACUGAAGUUCUAUUUGUUUUGUUCAAAUUAAACGUAUGUCAUUGCAAAUUCAUCCAUGUGCUUAACAAGCUUAAGAUGAUACGUGCAUGCUUUUGUUAUCUCUUGGUUUUUAAAGCUUUUAUAGCCUACUCUUUUAAUAUGCAUUUACGUAAUCUUUAGAAAUCUUAAACGUAGAGGAAAGCCAUUAAGGAAUUUGUAUUAUGAGAGAACUUGUACAGGGAGGUUUGCGUCAAGACGGUUAAAAAUGAGGCUUUUAUGCGAGAAAAGUUUGCCUUCACAUCAGCAGUGCUUUGUAAAAUUUGAUUUUUAUCCAUGUUGUUUUAGCUGAUUUUCAAAAACCAGCUGUUAAAAAAAAAAACAAAAAACAAAACACACACACAAAACAAAACAAAAACAACAACUAUUAUUUAAUCAUGUUAUUCUUUUCUUCUGUUCUCAAAGACUGGGGCUGCUCAGUUUCAUAUUCAUUAUGAUGUUUUAAUGUCUCUCGUGUUUAUUCGCUCGAUUGUAUGGACAACCUGUUGUAUUGUUACUGUUGCACAGUAUAAAAACAUCUAAAUAAACAUUUUACACGUAUUCUUUCCUGAAUAUGGAAAAAAUAUUAAAACCAAUGACUUGCAUGCAAAAGUCAAACGCGGAGAGCCAACGCCAUGAUGGCGUCCUAACAUUUAACGUUAGAUUUCUUUUCUCCCGCUAAAGAAUUUAAUUGAAGAAAAAAAAAAAAAAAAAAAGAGUUCAACUAAUAUGACGUUAAAUCUUUUUAAAAUUGUGUAACUUUGCAUUACCUGAGAAAGACGGGCGUUGGGCAAAAGGCAGCUUUAGCAAGGCAAGGCUUUUCAUAGCAUUACUGAUUUAGUCAACUGCAAAAUAAUAACACACUCAACAAGCUAGCCCCAUAAUAUAGCAACAAAAACUGUUUUAACGAUACAAUAAAAUUUUACAUGUUGGUCAGUCCAAAUGUUUGUUAGUUGUACUUGACUAUCUACGUGGAAAGCAAAUAGCUAGACAGCAUGUUUAUGUUGGCUAACAUUGGAAACCCAAGCGAUACUCAAACUGACCAAAUUAUGCAAUUUAGCCUAAACCGGCAAUUGACCAAAGUAUACCAGCUUUCCCCAGACUUUAGACUGAUUUUGAAGAAUAAAUAAAAAUAAAUUAAAAUCAGACAAACCUUUGUAGCAAGGUAAAGUUUCCACAAAUUUGAAAUGGCAAAAAAAAAAAAAAAAAAAAAAAAAAAUCAACGAAGUAAGAUGCGCGCGAAACGGGAAAUUAGCUGACAUUUGUUUAACAGCUAUAAUGUUAAUAACGUG